AUGGUAUUUGGGAGUGGAAGAGGAAACUGGGAAAUGGUUGUUAAGGGAGCAGAGGAAACCUUAGGCAAAGUGUCGCAGUCAGUUGGUAAUGGAGAUGGGUGUCGUGAGGCAACAAAACUUUUGGUGGGGAAAUUCCUUACCGUUAACAAAAAGAAUCCAAAGAGACUCGCACCAGAAAACAAACAAAAAGAAAACCACAUAAGCCAUGGCCUAGCUCCAAUCAUAAAGGCCCGCGUGGCUGUCCUGCCAAGUCCAGGCAUAGGCCAUAUCACCCCUCUUCUUGACCUAUCGAAGCGUCUAGUCCUUCACCAUGAGUUACAGGUCGGCUUCCUUGUCAUCACAACCAACGAAUCCUCUACAGCUUUGCAAAAGCUCCUCCAUUCACCAACUAUCCCUCCUGGCCUUGACAUUGUUCAACUUCCUCCCGUCAAUGUCUUUGCCGUCGCCACUGACACUAUGCCGGUCCUUACUCGCCUAUGUGUCGUUGUAGAAGAGAGUCUCAGGUCCUUAAAAUCCGUCCUUAUAGAAUUAGGCAAGCCAAAAGCAUUAGUAAUUGAUUUGUUCUGUACUCAAGAUUUUCAAGUCUGCAAUGAACUGUCGAUUCCAGUGUACUCAUUUUUCACUGCCUCUAACGCUUUGCUCACUCUUUCUUUGUGUCUUCCAACUCUUGACCGUGAAGUGGACGGCGAAUUCAUUGACCUUCAAGAACCGGCUAAGGUGCCUGGCUGUACUCCAAUUCAAACUCAAGACCUGCUUGACCAAAUCAAGAACCGAAAAAUUGACGAGUAUAAAUGGUAUUUAAUUAAUGUUAGCCGGCUGCCAUUGGCAGCAGGGAUAUUUAUUAACUCUUGGGAGAAUCUUGAACCCGUGACAUUUAAAGCUAUAAUGGAGAAUUCAUGCUUCAAAGAAAUCCCUACACCAAAAGUUUAUCUAGUAGGACCGUUGGUCAAACAAGAAGAAACACUAACUGCCUCGGAUAUAAACUGCCUUACUUGGCUAGACAAGCAGCCGACUAACUCUGUUCCGUUUGUAUCUCUUUGAAGCGGUGGAACCUUGACAGCUGAGCAACUCACUGAGCUAGCUUAUGGGUUAGAACUGAGUCAGCAAUGGUUCAUCUUCGUUGUGCGUAUGCCGACAAAUAUUAGUGCUUCUGCUGCAUUUUUCAACGUUGGGAGUGAUGUUAAUAAGCCAGAGGCUUAUUUGCCAGAAGGGUUUACAGAGAGGACGCAAGAAAGAGGAUUGGUCGUUUCAUCUUGGGCUCCCCAAGUGGCGGUGCUUAAACACACAUCAACUGGAGGGUUUUUGUCGCAUUGGUGGAACUCGGCAUUGGAGAGUACAACUUACGAUGUGCCAAUAAUAGCGUGGCCACUUUAUGCAGAGCGGAGAAUGAACGCAAGUAUGCUAGUAGAGGAAGUUGGGGUCGCGAUCAAGCCAGGUUUAGCUGAUGCGCAGUGCAUAGUCGGACGUGAAGAGGUAGAGAGAAUUGUAAAGGUGAUGGAAGGUGAACGAAAAAAGGUAAUGAGGCAGCGGGCUGUAGAGCUAAAGGAAAGUGCUGCCAGAGCUUUGGAUAAUGUUGGGUCAUCUUAUGGUUCUCUUGCUGGUUUAGCAAAGAAUGGAUGCUUUGAAGGUUGA